GGAAGCAGAGAGUGUAUUUGGUGUGAAAUGAGAGAGAUUUGGUUUGUUACCAGAAGGAGACCCCCUCAUGCCCCAGGCAGCGUGCUGGCAGCAUUCUGUCCCAGGAUCUCUGGUGACACGUGCUUCUGCUGUGACAUAACCCACAUUCUCAACCCCACCAGCCCAGCCCCAAUGCUGCUGGCCAGCUCUGCUUGACAUGAUGUACAUUGAGUCACUUGGCCUAGGACUUUUUUUUCCAGAGUGGAUUUUUCCCUUGGCUCUGUCUGCCAUAAACCCCAGAUUGCUAUGGGGUGUCUGGGGGGUCGGCCCAAAGCUGCAGGGGGUCAGUGGGGCCAGGAGCAGUGUGGCACCCCUGACUGGAUGUGAUGUGUUUCAUUCUCAUGGCAGAGCCGUGGAUGUAUGCCAAGGAUGUGGGCCUGCCAGGAGCACCCAUGGACUCCUGGCUUCCAUGGGACCAUCACAAGAUGAGAAAACAGUGAUGAGGAGCAGCCCACCAGGAAGACAGGAGGAGACUUGGGUGAUUUAGGCUCAGCCUUCAAAGCCCAGUUCCAGGAGCUUCACUGGGCUCAUGAAAAGUGAGGAAAAAUGACAGAUAACUAGCCAGCACUGGUAGGGAGCCAGGAAUGCAAUCUACCCAAGUGCCAGGCCAUGCAGGGCUGUGAUCACCCUUUUCCCCACAAAGCUGUCAAGCAACAUAAGCCACAAACCCCAUUUGCAGCCACGGCUGCUGUGUUGAUUGACUUCAGGUGUGAUUGAGCAGAAAUCCUUGUUAAGCACAGGUUACAUCUUCCACCCCUCAUUCAUAGCUGCUACUGUCUAUUAACACAUUCAAUAGUCUCAUUAAGCAGGAGCUUUAAUUAACUGCCACGUUUGAGCUCCAUCUUGUUGAGCUGAGCUAAGCUGCCCUUGGCUUUCUGAGGCUGGGUUGUAUUCCUCCACAACUGGAGCUGCUCCUGCUCAGACCUGUGUUUGGAUUUCACCUUUGGCCAGGGGUUCUCCCCAGUUAGUGGCUGAUGCUGCUGUGAUGCUCAGGCCAGGAUGGCUCCUCAGAUCUAGACAGGGAGACCAGAGCAGUGCCAGAAAUCUCCAUCCACGUGACAGUGGGAUUGGACAGAGGAGCUGCCGUGAGGAUGUCUGAAGCCAAGCCCCUCAGCAUCUCUUGCCUCGUGCUUUCCCUGCUCUCCUUGCACUGGGCUCUGCUCCAGCUGGGCCAGGCUUUUCCCAGCACCUCUGACUACCUCCAGCGGGGCUGGCAACGGCUGCUGGAGGAAGGGGAGGGCUGUGCUGAGUGCCAGCCCGAGGAGUGCCCGGUGCCACGCGGGUGCCUGGCAGGCACGGUGCGGGAUGCCUGUGACUGCUGCUGGGAGUGUGCCAACCUGGAGGGACAGAUCUGUGACCUGGACAGCACCAACCACUUCUACGGCAAGUGUGGGGAGCACCUGGAGUGCCGGCUGGAUGCCGGGGACUUGCGUCACGGAGAGGUGCCCGAGCCCCAGUGUGCCUGCCUCUCCCACCUGGCCCUCUGCGGCUCUGACGGCAAAACCUACGCCCAGAUCUGCAGGUUCCUGGAGGCUGCCCAUGCUCACCCCGAUGCCAACCUCACUGUGGCCCAUGAGGGUCCCUGCGAGUCAGAGCCUCGGAUCACCUCUCCUCCCUAUGACACGUGGAACAUCACCGGGCAGGAUGUCAUCUUCGGCUGCGAGGUCUUCGCCUACCCCAUGGCAUCCAUCGAGUGGAGGAAGGAUGGCACAGAGAUGCUGCUGCCUGGAGAUGACCCCCACAUCUCUGUCCAGUUCAGGGGCGGCCCCCAGAAAUACGAAGUGACAGGCUGGCUCCAGAUCCAGGGCGUGCGGGUGACGGACGAGGGCACGUACCGCUGCUUCGCCAGGAACAGGCUCGGGGAGGUGGUGGCACUGGCCAGCCUGACCGUCCUCACUCCGGACCAACUCAACCUGACAGACUUCUCCCUGCUGAAGCCCCGCACGACGCCUGAGGACUACAGGGAGAGUGAGGAGGACUACUACUAGCCCCGAGAUGGCAUGUUGGGCUGCAGAGAUCACCUUGCCCACAGCACCCUUCCCUGGGGCUUGGGGACAUCGGACAUGUCUGGAGCAUCCUCCGGCCCAAAACUCCUUUUCUGAACAAUCCUGGCACAACAGCCUGUUUUUGGGGUGGGGGACAGGGUGACACAACCUUUUGAGGUGCUGGGGGUGGGAUACUGGCUGGUUGGCAAGGGCUGGGAUCAGGGACAGCUCUGCCUGGAGCAGGGUGGAUCUGUCCUCUGGCACUGAGUGGAGACACAACGGGACACUGCGGGGACAGCUGUGCUGUGUGUGAUGAGGACUUGGUGCUGGGGAUGGAGACAGCCUCCUCUGGGAGAGCGAGGCCAAGGCAGGGGCAUUGUGUCCUGUAUGAAUAAUUUUUGGGGAAGCUGGAGCAGAGAGCUGGGACCUGACUGUGAUAACCAGUGUGUCCCUGUCAGCUCGUAUCCCCCAAGCACAGAGACAUCCCAGCUGCUCCCCAGAACCCGAGGAACCUGCUGCCAAAACACCCUUUUCUUCUGUUUUGUUUUUAACCAGAAAAGUAGUGAUUUGAGGAACCAGGCACUUGUGGCUUUCAGAGCUGUCUUUUCUCCAGCUGAACCACCCUUGUGGUCAGAAACACUUUGGCCUUUUUUUGACUGACUUCAUUUUUCCCUUCCAUGCCUUUGACUGACUUCAUGCUUUCCUUUGUCAUUUCAGUCGAUGUUAUUUAAAAUAUACACGGUGGUCAAAGCCAAGGCUGGCUGACCGUCCUGCAUCCACAGGGAUGCUUAUGGGGGUGAGGAAGGGUGCAGACACUGUGGCUGCUACCUUGUCCAUUGUGGGGUGCUUGAGUUGAGGAGCCCUCCUGCCCUCCCAGUGCUCACAGCUGGCCCUGGUGUGGGUCCUGCCCUUCCCACCCCACCUGGGGCUGGGGGUGCCCAGCAGACAAUCUCCUGUGCAGUGCUGAUGCACCAACUCCAAUCACUGCACUCCCAAGUGUUUGGAUCCCACCCCAGUGCUGCCCAUUUUCAUCUUGGGGUCCUAACUUCUGUGACAAUGGGGUCUCCACCCAGGUGACCACAGCUCUGUCAAGUGGGAGCAGCUCUGUGCCUAGUUGGUGAAGUAAAGGGAUGCUCCAGUUUCCACUGGAAACAUUAUAUUUUUUUAAGAAAUCCCACCUACCUCCCACAGCUGGUGAUUUAGAGCAAACUUGCAUUUGGGGGAGCACAGGAAGGAAGCUCAGAACUGCGCUGUGCUGCUCACUGCCCAGAGAGGGCUGUCAGGACCCUUCUUCUGGGCUUUUUGGGGCUGAGCUCAUGUUCAAGGGGUGCUUUAUCCUCCAAAGCAGCAGCAUUUACAGGACUUCUGGUGCUCAGAAGCUCCACAUGGACCAAACCCCUCCCAGUUACUCAGUCCCAGCUCCAGGGAGGUCCAGAGCUGCAGCAGAGAGCCAGACCCCGUGAGAAAGGAAUUGGCCAGACCCCAGGCAGGAGCAGGCAGGAUGCAAUAAGGCUGGUGGCUCGGGUCCCGUGCUACUCUCCUUCACAUGUUUUUUCUUUUCUUUUCUUCCUUUUUCUCUUGAGAGCUGGCUCAGAUGACACAAUUACGGCACUGAAACCUGAACAAGCAAAUAAAAGGGAUUUGUCUGGAACUGGCAGCAGAGCAAAAUUCCUGCAGACGGUGAGGCUGGGCCAGUUCUGACCCCCUGCACCACAGCUCGACUGCUGGGGCACUGCUGCCCUGCCUGCUGGGGUGCCUACCCUUUCUGGCAGAAAACCCCUUCUCAGCCAGAGAAAUGCAAAAGCCAUUGAUGCCUCAGCUUCUCCUUCCAUCUCAGAGCAUGACAGAAUCCUCCUGGUCUGCUCCAUCAGAGCCAGAGGGUGCUCAGGAGGGACCAGGGGCAGAAGUGUGCCAUUGGCUUUCAUUUUGCUUUUUUUGGGUGUAAAACAUUUCUUCAGAGAAGCUGGGCCUUUUUUUAUCCAUCCUGAUCCCCUUCCUGUUUUGCACACAAAUGAGCUGGUGGAACUGGGCCACGCUCGGGCUGAGGCUGCCACGGGGAAACCCGAGAGCGUCCCGGAGCUUCAGCACUCCAGAGCUGCUUGCUGGGCUCCCUGCCGGUGCCCAGGGCUGGCCCCCAGCCAGGGCUGCCAUGCCAACCUCCUGAGGGCCAGCCUUGCCCUGCCUGGGCUGGCACAGACCCAGCUCGUGCCCGUGUGGGCGCAGCUUUGGUCUGGCUGGAGAGUGCUGGAUGUGUCACACGCUGCAUCCCUGGCUCCCCCGUGCUCUGCAGGACAAUGCCCUCCCUGCCUGGGCAUUUGGGUCUCAGCCCUUGGCCCCUCUGCUUCACACCCAGGGCCUUCAUACCCUGUAGGGAGCCAGCAGGGAAUGCUGGAGGCUCCUGCCUGGCAGGAAGAGCAGUGGGGACGUGGUGGCUGAGAGAGGGGGGAGUUUGAGCAAAAGCUCUUGGCCAAAAUUAACCAAACCAAAGGCUGUGUGUCCCAGACUCCUCAGAUCCCACUGUCUGACUGGCAGGCUGGGGCUCAGGCAGCAGCUGAGCUGCACUCCCCCAAAGUGAAGGGCAGCAGAGUGGCUCCAGGGGCACAGGGAGGGCUGGUGUCUCCUCAUCCCAGCUCCCAGUCUUGCCAUUUCCAGUCACUUAAAAAUUAAAGAAGCCAAUAUUGCUGCACAGCUGGAAUCGGUCACUGCCACAGAGCUUAAUUGAGGUUAUUUGUUGGCUCUCAAAACAUUUGGUCACCUCUGCUGCUGGCUGCUCAGAUGUUUCCUGCAGCCCCUGCCCCAAGGAGGCUCUGCAGACCCUGUUCCAGCUCCAGGCACCCAGAGGGUCCCGGGGCCCCAACCAAACCUGGUGUCCCUGUGGGUUCAGAGGGUGUACAAUGCAUUCAGCACCAAAUCCCUUUGCUGGCAGAUCUUUGGCACAGCUGCUUUCUGGGGGCGGAGGGGGCAGAGCAUCUCCUGCCAGCCCAGCUGA